GGGGGCCACAGCCCGGGCUGGGGGGAGCCGGGGUGCAGGAGGGCAGGCUGGAUCAGGCCGGGCAGAAGCGGGCCGGUGCUCUGCAUGCCGACGGGGGAUAGGUGGUGAGGAGACGGGAACUGGGUUCGGAGCUGUCCGGAGAUGUCGCAGAGGGAGGGUUCUCACGCUUCACGGGGCGGAGCCCUGGCACUGGGGGCGGGACGUGGGACUGAGCCUGUUGGGACAUCUGAGCGGGUGAAGGUGGGAGGAGCUCGGCAGCUGGGGGGCGCUGCCUGGCCCUUGGAGGAGCGGGAACUGGUGGAGGGCGGAGCCUCGGGUUUGGAGACGGAGGGGGGCGGGACUCAGGCACUAGGGGCGGGGCUUCAUCUGGUGAGUGGCGCGGCUCCGGUUCAGGAAAAGAGGUCUAGUUCAGCUGAGGGCGGACCUGCGGGUCAGGGGGCGGGACUUCGCUCUGUAGGGGGCGGAGCCAAGGAACCUAGCGAAGGGUUACGUCCGAGUAAUGCCCCUGGACGUCCGCGCGGGGGCGGUCUCCGUGGUGGCCGUGCCUGGGGACGCGCCCCCUUCUCACUGCACUGAAACAUGAGGCUGAGCUGGGUCCUGACAGUACUGUCCAUCUGCCUGAGUGCCACGGCCACGGGGUCCGAGGGCAAACGGAAGCUGCAGAUCGGGGUCAAGAAGCGAGUGGACCACUGUCCUAUCAAAUCGCGCAAGGGAGACGUCUUGCACAUGCACUACACGGGAAAGCUGGAAGAUGGGACAGAGUUUGAUAGCAGCCUGCCCCAGAACCAGCCCUUUGUCUUCUCUCUUGGCACAGGCCAGGUCAUCAAGGGCUGGGACCAGGGGCUGCUGGGGAUGUGUGAAGGGGAAAAGCGGAAGCUGGUGAUCCCAUCUGAGCUGGGAUAUGGAGAGCGGGGAGCUCCCCCAAAGAUCCCAGGUGGUGAGCUGCAGGAGAGAAGAGAGCUAGCUAUGUGGACUUUGCUGACGCCCAGGCUUUGGUCUGCCGGCUCCCCUUCAAACCCACGUGUGUUAGGAAAUUACCUGGGGCCUGCAGAAACCGGGCACCUAGAACUGUCAGUCUUAGAAGAUGCUCCACACUGUUGAAACAAAUAACUGAGUGAAAGAAUGAGUAGGCAGGUGUGGUGAGUUGCGGCUAGAUUGCAAAUUCAUGCUAGCCAGUGGGAGCAACUUAGCAAGACCCCAUCUCAAAAUAAAU